CCACAGCCGCAGUUGGCGCCACACAGCACAUGACGAUGGCAACUGCCCCAGCAUCACCAGCAUCACCUAUCCCACCCCCGCACCUCAGCAUCAUCAGCAUCACCCCCAUCCCCGCACCUCAGCAUCAUGAGCACCCCCCCCCCCGCACCUCAGCAUCAUGAGCUGGCCCGUCUGGAUGAUGUCGUACAGCUCCUGUGGGGGCGUUCGCGCUUGGGCGCAUGGCUGGACCCAACCACUCACAGGAAUGGUGACGCGCAUGACCUGGAUGGUGUGCUCCUCCGCGUCGCGCUCGGCGUGGCCGGAUGUGUCGGGCUGCGGGCGCAAAUUUUGGGGUUGCGACUUGCGAUAAAGCUAAAAGCAAUACCGUUGUGCGCUAUGCACAUGCAGUAGGCAUGUACAUGGCUGUACUCUACAGUCUACACAACACUGCCACUCAUUC